CUAACUUCUCGGUUUCAUCUCGCUAAAAAAAAGAAACAUCUUGGGUGAUUUGUAUUACCUUGAAAAUUUGCUGGUGACAAGCUGUUUCCCUAUAUUUUCCCCUUUUGAAUUCCGAGAUCGGGAAUGCAUGAAACACUAUAGAUAUUGUACUCAUCACCUAUUUCGGAGGAUUUAAUUGAAAAGAGUAGGCCCUAUCAUACUACUUAAUAACUUUGAGGUCAAAACAGGCCUGACCCACAAAUUUCUGUGCUAUUAUGUUUAAGCGCACAAAGAAAAAGUCACGUUCUGUUGAUGAUAGCCCUCUUGUUCUUCUGUCGGAAGAUGUUGAUCCUUUGCGAUGUGUAUUCGGCCAGCCCCUGCAUGUGGGUGCGGAACGCUCCGAUCCAGUGUGGAAAGCAAUACCGAGUCCAAUAUAUGCGAGCGUUAUUUGGCUUAACCAGUAUGGUCUGGAAGAUGAAGGACUAUAUCGAGUUCCAGGUAGCUUGGUCGUUUUUGCAACGUAUAAGGCUUUAUUCGAUCGAGGCGUGAGUUUUAGUUUUUCAGAAUUGCAGGAGAGAUCGGCCCAAAACGUGGCAAUGGUAGUUAUUAGAUAUUUGCAAUCUCUGCCAGAGCCUAUUUAUACUAAAAAAUACGAGGCUCAUGUCAAGCUCGCACUAAACAUUGCAGAUCGUCAAGAACGCAUCUACGUGCUCCGGUCUAUUUUGUACAAGUUACCACUGGCAAAUCGCGAGACAAUUCGGAUAUUGAUCGAUCACCUUCGCAGAGUAGUGGCACAUUCUCAUCUAAAUCGAAUGACUGUUCGCAACCUGGAGAUUACUUGGUCACUGUCGAUUGGCCAAUCGACAGGCGCAUUGAUAAAAGUGUUGACAGAGAGUGAUUUUUCCCUACCAUCCACAUUACAGUUCUUCGUUCCCUUUGAUGUUGCGCUGCGUAAUUCGUGUUUAUCAUUGUCAGAUGAUAAGAGUAUUAUAGUGCCGAUUACGGUGUCGACUUGCGUUAACUGGCUAUUGAGACACAAAUCAUACAAGAAAAGAAGGCUUAUCGCCUCACGAGCCAAUUUUAAAACAGUUUCUUCUUUAAUGCAUGCCUUCAACAGCGGUCAGUUCGAUUUACCGAGUGAUGUACAAGACAGGAAGGUUGCCAUGUUGCUACAGUGUUGGGUUCAGAGUUUACCCGAGUACGAUGGACUUUUGCCGGAGAGUGUGGUUCGGGACCUUGGUCAUCUUCCGCCAAUCGAUGAGUGUAAUUCUGAUUUUCAAGAGAUCAUAUUGAAACUUCCGGAGAGCAAUUUAGAAACAAUAAAAGUUCUCGUCUCUUUUUUGCAUAAGAUUAUUCAAGAGUACCGUCAACGACUGAACGAAAAGAAACUGUGCAGCAAAUUUUUUAAUACGAAGCAUCCUGGUCUCUUGUCCUUGUAUACUGUAUUAGUAAGAGAGUACUGCGAAAUUUUUGAAGGGAGGGCGGAUGAAGAUUCAACAGAAAAAUCAGAAAGCGUUAGGACUUCUGACGUCAGCCAACAGCCGUUAUCAAAUUUAUCAAUAUUGGAUCAGGAGGUUGGUUCUUCGCAUCCACUUGAACCCGAUCAGCCAAGUAAUGCAGAAGAGAGAGAGUCGGCAAUAAACAUUAAUCUUGCGAUUGAGUCAAUUGAAUCCGAAAAGCAGCGUCCACGUUGCUCCAGCGACCCCUCAGGAGAUCACAGUACACGUAAAGGGAGACAAAAGAAAAAGAACAGGAGACGCAUCCGAAGCGAAAGGAGGAGGAGGCUACGCGGAAAUAAAUGAGAGAACAGAUUGAUAGGAUGACAACAGAUAGGAUGACAAUACUACCUGGUGGAAACUGACAUAAUCGAAGUUACUAGUUUGUUGGAUAUAAAGAAUGUAUCAGUACGUUGGAUAUAAAAAAUGGUCUCUCCAAAUGGCGAUUUUGAAAAUAGCUUAGAAGAGGAGGGGAUAAUACAGAAAAAUGAAAGCUAGUCAAGAAAUAAUCAAGAACGAAAAAAACUUAAAGGGAGGCGAGGUGCUCUGGUUUUAAACAAAAGCUCGAAUAUCAAGAGAUACCAGUGUCGUUUCGCAAAUGUAAGUUCCUGAUUGUUGAUUCGGAAGGGGGGGUUAAAGACAGUUUUGCGAUAUGAUAGAAAAAUAGUGCGUAUUGUUUUAUAUGAGAAAGAAUUGGUAAAUCAAGAAAGAGACUUUGUAGAAGGGUAUUUAUAUGUACAAUAGGAUCAUAUGACAACUGGAAUGAGCGCAAAUUUAAAUGAUAACUUGAGCUUCCGUUAAAAAGCAAUAGUAUUUUGCGUAUAUUCACUAUGAUGACCAUGAACUUUUUUUUAUCAACAGGAUUUAAUGCUAAUCAGUUAAAUCCAACGAUGAAAGAAUAAUUAGGGAGCCUGUCCUCAAAGAAUUGCAUCUUUUCGAAAUUUUCAAGCAUUAAAAGCGGUCUCUUGUUAGUAGUCUCC